AUGGCCAUUUUUACAGCUCCUCGUUCAUUCCAGAAUGCCUUCAUGCAGAACUCUUUAGGCGCAAGCCUCAUUGACGUCACCGUACAGUCCAAGCAUCCCUCCUUCUUUCACUUGGUCCUGCUCGUCUUUGAGGCGGUGCUAGAGGUAGUAUGUGUCUCUCUACCAGGCUAUAUCGUCGCCAGACAGGGCAUGUUCGAUGCCGAAGCCCAGAAAUUCGUAGCCAACCUCAAUGUGAUGCUCUUCACUCCUUGUUUGAUCUUCAUUAAGCUAGGCUCCCAAUUGACUGCCGAGAAAAUCACUGAUCUCGCCAUCAUCCCCGUUAUCUUUGUUGUCCAGACCUUGGUCUCAUACUUCUGCGCGUUCGUGGUCACGCGAUGCUGUCGGUUUAAGAAACGCCAGUCCAAUUUUGUGACGGCGAUGGCGGUGUUCGGCAACUCUAAUUCCCUCCCAAUCUCCCUCGUGAUAUCCCUCUCCGCAACUCUCCAAGGUCUCCAUUGGGACCGCGUACCCGGCGAUAACGACGAUGAGGUUGCGGCCCGGGGCAUCCUGUAUCUUCUUAUCUUUCAACAGCUAGGUCAAUUAGUCCGUUGGAGCUGGGGUUACCAUGUGCUAUUGGCGCCCAAGGACCGAUACCUUGAAGAGGAGGAUCGAGAGGAAAUUGGCGAGACGGCGAUUGAACAGGGUCAGGCACGCUAUACCGAUAACCCCGAUCAAAUAGACCCAGACGAGCCAUUGGUCCGGACGCGCAGUUCGCAGGACCUGCAACACGCCCAUGGUCAUAUGAACGGCAGUCGGUUCGAGUCUGGUGGUCAGACUCCGGUUUCAAAUAGCGCAUAUUCCUACAGCAAGGUCUCCUCGAUACACUCGCACGCCUCGAAUGCCGAUGAGGACCUCGACUCCGACGAAACACCCUCGGUGAUCGGCCCCCCACCUACUGGACCUUUCCUACCACGCCGCAGCACCGAUGGCGAUAUUCUUCAGUUCCCAGAUGUGGAAGCCACUGCCCGGGAAAACCAUACCACAAAGCAAACCUACCUGCAACGAUGCAAUGCGUCUCUCCGUCGACGUGGGUAUUACAUCCGUCGCUUUAUUGCCCAGAAGAAAGAUGCAGUAUGGGCCUGGCUACCUACCAAGGUCCAAAAAGCCCUUUCAUCCACAACCAACGGAGUCUGGCGCUUCGCCCGCGGACUAUGGUCCUUCAUGAACCCUCCUCUCUGGGCCAUGUUAGUUUCAAUAAUCAUCGCCUCCGUCCCUGCACUUCAGCACCUUUUCUUUGAUGAGGGCACCUUCGUCCGUAACUCGGUCACCCGCGCCAUUGAGCAGAACGCCCAGGUAGCGGUUCCGCUUAUCUUGGUCGUACUAGGAGCCAAUUUGGCCCGGAAUACACUCCCGGAAGAGGCGCUUGAAGAUAUCGAUCAUCCUAAAGUAGAGCGGAAAUUGAUUAUCGCCUCUUUAGUGGCGCGUAUGCUCCUUCCAACUCUCAUCAUGGCGCCAUUCCUGGCCCUGCUCGCCAAAUUCGUGCCAAUCAGUAUUCUUGAUGACCCUAUUUUCAUCAUCGUGUGUUUCCUUCUCACGGGUGCACCUUCGGCACUGCAGCUGGCGCAAAUUUGCCAGAUCAAUAAUGUUUACGUGGGUGCUAUGUCGAAGAUUUUGUUCCAAAGCUAUGUUGUCUGGAUCCUUCCCUCCACACUCUUUCUGGUUAUCUGUGGAUUGGAAGUCCUCGAAUGGUCGACCUCCGCAUAG